CCAGUCAUGAUCUCCGAGUCAGUCUGAUGCAUCUCGGAAACAGUCAGAGGACUUAUCACCCCCAAGCUUUCCCACAGCUGGGGGAACUUCCUGCUAUUGCAGGUUUAUUACUUUAUCCUGACAAGCGUGAGAAGAUGGUAACAACAACAGAGGUCGCUUUUGGUCCCAAACCCUACAGUCGAACUGAACCAAAGAAGAUUCUACACUGCAGUUUGACUAUGGAAGGUGAGCAAAGCUUCAUAACAACCAACCAGAUGGCGUAUCAACCAGCAGAUGGAACUCCACUGAUGAUGAGGAGAAAAUCUCCAGUGAGACAGGGCAGUCCGUUAGCGCACUACCAAACCAACUACCAGCAGAACUUCGUUCUUCCCCAAAUCAUCACCAACAGGAGACUUUAUGUUCUGCCCGGCCCUGAUAACCUCGCCAUCAACCCUGCACUAAGGCAAGAGGCUGCUAAUCAGAAACACACAAAUACUGCACCUGAGUACAAGUUCAGAGAAGAUAAAAUAGUAAAAAGUAAUAAAUUACUUUUAGGAUAA